UUCAACAAACCCGCCCCCUCAAGCUCCGCCCCCUUUCUCCGCCUGGGCGGGAGGUGGCUGGGAAAGGGAACUUCGGCCGCCCAUGGAGCAAGCCCCCUUGAGCCGCGGUGCAGGCUGGGAGCCAGCUCGGCCGCGGCCGGGGGUCGCCAUCCGCGAGGAGCGCGCGACUCCCGGCACAGCGCUAUGGAGAGGGGAGGGGCGCCGCCGUUGCUGCCGCUGCUGCCGCUGCUGCUACUCCCUCCUCUGCUGGGGCUGGUGGGCUCGAGCGCCCCCUGGCAGCUGAGCUCCUGGCACUGCGGCUUCUCCGGCUCGUGCGAAUGCGACUUCCGCCCCGACUUAACCGGUCUGGAGUGUGACUUGGCCAUAAACCUGGUUGGCCAGCCCUUGGUGAGGCAGCUCGUCGUGAAAGGGCUGAAGGCGUUUGUGCACAAUCACGACCCCGUGAAGCCUCUGGUGAUGUCUUUCCAUGGCUGGACUGGCACAGGCAAGACCUACGCCAGCUCUUUGCUGGUGCGCUACCUCUUCCGUGCUGGAUUCCACAGCUCGUAUGUCCACCGGUUCUCUCCCGUGGUUCACUUCCCUCAUGCAGAGCACAUGGAGCAGUACAAGAAUGAUCUGAAGAACUGGAUCCAGGGGAAUUUGACACGCUGCGGACGGUCCCUGUUUCUCUUUGACGAGAUGGAUAAGAUGCAUCCAGGCUUGAUCGAUGUGAUUAUUCCAUUCCUAGGACCUUCUUGGGUUGUGUUUGGAACAAACUACAGGAAAGCCAUCUUCAUUUUUGUUAGCAAUGCUGGCGGAGAGCAAAUUAACCAAAUGGCUUUGGAGUUCUGGCGGGCGCGCAAAGACCAGGAGGAGAUCAGCCUCGAGGACCUGGAAGCGUCGGUUUUGGAAGCUGUUUUUGAAAACCCCCAAAAUGGCUUCUGGAAGUCUGGGAUAAUUGAUCAGCACCUUAUCGACCUCCUUGUACCUUUCCUCCCUCUGAAGCAGCACCAUGUGAAACAGUGUGCGGCCAACGAGAUUGCCAGCCUAGGCCUGGAGCCGCAGCUGGAGGUCAUCCAGGCAGUUGCUGACAGCAUCCCUUACUUCCCAGCGGAGGAGAAAGUGUUCUCGUCAACGGGCUGCAAAACGGUGGCUUCACGUGUCCCUUUCUUUCUCUGACCUCUUUGGUGGCAUCUCUUUCCAGAUUCUGGUCACUUGCCUGCAAAGACUGUACCGGAAGCAUCUUGUGGGUUUAAAAGUUUGGCUUUAGGACCAAGGGGGAGACACUCCAGGGCAUAGGCUCAAAGAGCAAGGCUGACUUGAAGUAGCUGAAAAGCACUUUAUCCUUUGCCCUGAGCCUUGUGAUGUGGCCAAAGGAGAAGAGACUGUGACAAAUACAUCUUGGCUGCUUUCAUAAUGUGGAUUUACAGACUUUUUUGAUGGGCAGCUAUCACAUUUUUUAGAUUCCAUGAGACAGCGUAAUCAGUUUUAUUUGACUCUAAAAAUCUUACCUCUUGUUCCUUAAAUGACAGUUUUAGACACACUGUGACUGUACCGACGUGCCACAAGUCCCAUAGUCCUACUGGAAAGAUCUUUAUGUAAAUGGGCUAAGUUUUUGUGGCACAAACUUUAAACCCAUCCAUUCAGGAUUUGUUUACUUUAUUGUGAUGAGGUGCUAGUAGUUGUCGUCCCAGGGGCUGUUGCCUCUAGUAUAAGUAAGCAAAAGCAGGUGCUGUCUGCAGUGGGGGCAUGGGGAGGCGUGUCCAGGAAAGAAGCUUCCUCCUGUGCUCCCUUUUCUUCACAAAAAGAGCUGGGACUUCUUUCCGUAUCUGAUGCCUUGAAGUGCCUGAGAAGCCCACAGGUUACUAAAACUGCUGAAGUGUUUACCAUGCUGUGUAAUGCCCUAGUGGAGGGGGGAGAAGAUCUGGAUCCUUAGGCAGGUGGGGCUGCCCACCUGUCAGUCACCUGACAUUAAGUGAAGUUUUUUUUUGCCCGCCCAGUUUGAAAUCAAGUGGGCAAAGGCACAGGGCUCUGCAGCUGCCGACCUGCAGCUUGGCAACGCCUGCAGACGCCUACACUAUUGCAAGCACUAGCUGGGCAGCAGUGCCUGCAAGCCCCCCCUUUGGCAGGGAGACACAUCUUUACGUGACCCGAAAUAUGACAAGAUGGGUCGAGCAGGUGGCUGUGGCUUGAGGAAAACUCUCCUGGCCCAAUUUAGGACUCUUGCUGGGGCUAAUUAGACCUGCAGGUCAGAGAGUCCCCAAGACGGCACUACCAUGGCUCCCUGAAAUUGUUCCACAUAGCUGAGCUUCUGUGUGGUCUAGUCCCUGUGCUUGCAAUGCCCGGUGCAUGAGAAUUAUGUAAAAACAAGUCACUGGAGCACAAGAUUCUGCUCCACCCAAUUUGGGGUGAUUUAUCCCACCAGCUGCAGCCCUAUACAAGACAGCUGUUUGGUAGAUCCCCAUCCCCACUCUCUGGAUCAGCUUCCAGGGGGCUACAUUGUGUAGGAGGGGAAGGGAAAGAUCCAUGGUACAAGAUAUCUGCUGCCCAUGCAAUCCUGGGUCCAACCCAGAACUGACACAUUCCCUAAUUUGUUGUCACUUAGUAAUUGGCAUAAAGUCCCUGAUCUCUCUCUCUCUCUCCCUGGAAGGCCGGUAACUUUGUCUGAGCAUUUGGGCUUCAAGGGAAAAGAUAGUUGUGUGCCGGAGAGUACUUUCCUGGACCAUCACUUGAGAAAAAACAUUGACAGAAAGUUCUAAUGUAACUUCUCGCCUGUUCCUGAAGUCUUAUGGGUAAACUCAGUUAAGAACUGCUGAAGAAUGAGAGUAUACUCUGCUGCCUUCAAAUGUUUGUUUUUAUUUUAAAUAAAAAAUGAAAAAUUUGCAUCUUA